CUGCUGCUGGUGGAUCCGAUGCUGGCCACCGUUCCACAGGAGGGGGAGGGUGGCGCUUCCCCCUUCUACCUGGCAUUUUCACUGGGUAAACUGGAUAUCGCACGCCAUCUGUUGGACAAAACUAAUGGCCAGUUGUCCUACUCUGGACUCGACGGACAAAACGUGUUGCAUGCGGCUAUUUCUCGUGGUCAAGCGCUGCCUGUGCUUUUGGAGUGGCUGAAGGACGUGACGGUGGACGUGCAACAAGGCGACCGUGCUAUCAGGGUGCCUCUUGUAUCGCAUCUGGCGCAGCAAAGGGACCAUCAGACGGGGAGCACGCCUCUUCACCUGGCUGCAUCGCUGGAAGGGUGGCCAUACGUGGGCAUUCUUUCUAAAUGGUUCCCAGAUGUUUGGCCGCGGCCGAAAUCAGCAGUCGCGCUGCUGCUAGAAGCCAACACAUGUGCAGCGUAUCAACCGGACGCUGAAGGAUUAUACCCCAUACAUGUGGCUGCCUUGGCUGACAGCCUCGACGUAGUCAGGACCAUGCUGCAGAAAUGCCCGGACUGCGCCACUUUGCGAGAUGCCAAAGGGAGGACGUUCCUCCAUUCCGCGGUUGAGGCGGAGGGAUACAGAGUAGUUGAAUAUGUCUGCCGCCGAAUGCCAAAAGAAUUUUCGUCCGUUCUGAACAUGCAGGAUAACAAUGGGGACACCGCCCUACACCGAGCUGUCCAUCUAGGGAAUCUGCCGGUUUUUAACUGCCUAACUCGGAAUCCGCAUGUACAUCUGAACAUACCGAACAAGUAUGAGUUGACGCCUCUUGAUCUUUCAUGGAUUACAGUCCCUUCAUCGUUUUAUUAUGAUUCGAAUCCAAGGGGUCUCAUACAAUUAUCAUUGCAAUUUGUGGGAGCUCCAUGCGGUGCAAGUCGACCGGACCUCUUAUCCCAAAAACACAUCCCAAAGAUAGACAACGGCAAGGUCUCGGCGCAUCUAACAAAUGCAUCGCAAAUGCUGGGCAUUGUGUCCGUACUUGUCGCGACCGUGACAUUCGCGUCAGCAUUCACGUUGCCCGGAGGUUACCAAACCGGGUCGGAUAACGCGGCAGGCACACCACUGCUUGCUGGGAGCUAUGCCUUUGACGCCUUCAUUUUAUCUGACACGCUGGCAUUCAUUUGCUCGUGUAUGGCGACCUUCAGCCUGAUCUUCGCUGGGGUCCCUGCAAUGGACAUCUCUAUACGCUGCAGGUACUUCGAAAUUUCUGCCCUCUUGCUGCGGAGUUCGGGAAGAAGCUUUGUGGUCGCCUUCGCGUUGGGGCUAUACCUGGUGCUGGCUCCAGUUGCUCACACGAUCGCGACUGCGGUCUGUGUGAUUAUCUUUGUGUCUUCGCUCUACGGGAAUUCGGAAGCCUGGCAGAUCCUUCGUGUCGCAGACAUGGCCCGUGCUAGAUUGGGAACUCGAAUGCAUGUAGCAUGGACUUUAGGACUCACGUUCUAUAACGUCUUUGUUAAUUUGUUUUUGAACUUCUGGUCCUUCAUUAUAAUCUUUGGCCUCCCAGCAGUAAUUCGGAAGGUUCAUGCAAGGGAGUAGUUUUCGCUACCUUUCCAUUUCCUUCGUUAGCAUUCGGUUAAAACUAAAUCUCCAUGUGAUCAAUUAGCAAGGGACGCAUGGGCUAUAUACAUGUAUGUAAUCAUCCCAUGUACAAGAUUCAUGCCCCUUCAUGGGCUAUAUAUAUGUAUGUAAUCAUCCCACACUACUGAAAAAAUUAUCUUUGUU